GUAUGAAGUUUCCAGUCAUAGCAGACCUGUCAGUGAGUAUGAUACUUAGUUUAGCGGGGAUCAAACCCAAAAGGGGAUAUUGCCGCAACAUGGUAAACUUCGGAUAUUUCGAGAAUCGUUCGGCCUUUCGCGGUCUGCCUAUAUUCUGGAUAUUGUUGUUAUUUUGCUUCCUUAAAAUUGUAGAUGGUGGUUCAACAAGCACGACGACUUCUUCCCCACCAAUUACAAUUCCCAAGCUAAAGCUGCAGUUUUAUGUGAACUUAAACUACACGGCUUUUGUGAAAAAUUACACGGCUGAUGUGGUUAUCUCCGAAUGGCAGAAGCGGUUCGCCAAGGUGGACUAUUCGAAAACACUGAACACCACAUUAUCACUGGCACUGACUCUGGCUCCACUGAAUGUCACCCCAGUGCACAAACUCUGGCAGCAAGCGAUCGUAGCUGAUACGGAAAUCUACAAAAAUUUCUCUGUCGAAACUCUUGUAGGUGUAACGGAAACGUGGGACAGUCCAGAUAGUACGGAUUAUCUGGCUCUGUCGACGAAGACAGUGGACACAAUAGUCACUGACUGGCGACAAGGAAAACUGGCAAUAAUUGCUGAUAGGCUUCUCCGGAAAUUUAACAGCUCCAUUCUAAACAAAACGCACCUGGCAAUGGUUGAUUAUCUGGCUGGUCAUCCCAACGUAACGUUAAUGGCAGCGAAUUCAACGUACUACAACAUCUCCCGAAUCGGUGUGGCAGCACUGAUAACUUCGCUGGCGGCGAACAAGCUGAACGGAUCGCAGCCUGACGUGUAUGCCGGUGUGGUUGGGCUAGCACUGCGGAAAGUGGCCGAGAAACAAGGAAUCGAAUCUGGUUACAAUUACACUUCCUUUUUAAAUAAUGUAAUCCAGGCCGCAGCAAAAUGGCCGUAUGUCCACGGCCAGAGCGCUGAUCUGUUUGCCAAUUUUACAAAAUCUGCAAUUGCUAGAAACCUGGAAAAGCAGUUUGGUGACUGCGUUCAAAAUCUGGACAGUGGCUAUCUUGCCGGUUUGAAUUAUACCCUGUUUGAAAUAUCUUCUCAACCGCCGGUUAUUGUGCCAUUGGUAGUUGUGGUGGACCUGGAGUUCCUCAUAACGGGACAAUUCAAUUCUACAGCACUUUUGCAACUGUUACGCUACCAAAACUUGAAGCAGAACAUCACGAAUACGGUGGCCGGAAUCAAACGGAUUAUGUGGCUUAUUGAAGAUAUAAACGUAGCAGAUCAUUCACAAAUCCCAGCCAUGGCUUGUCUGGUCAGUCUAAUUAAUUCUGCCGUGGCAGUCACCCUUCUGUGGCAUUUCACUCGGAAGCUGCACCAUUCAGAACGUUAUCAACAAGUUCCGAUUCUGGACGAAGACGACGAAGAGAUCAAUUAAAGUAGCAUAAAAUUGCAGCAAAACAACAACGGAUUUACUACAAAAACCACAAAACAAUAAAAUUAAAUUCCCCACAACUUCGUAUAAAAA